AUGGCAAGCAGAACAGCAUCGAUCUCGAGAAACACCAACGAAACACAAAUCACAGUCACCAUCAAUCUUGACUGCACUCCCGGGUCAGGCAACACUCAGACAAUUGACAUAUCCACUGGUAUAGGAUUCCUCGACCAUAUGUACCAUGCCUUAGCUAAACAUAGCGGGCUCUCUUUGACGAUGAACUGUAAAGGUGACCUCUGGGUCGACGACCACCACACAGCAGAUGACGCGAUCGCCCUUGGAACUGCCUUCAAGCAGGCACUCGGCGAAGUUCGUGGGAUACGUCGUUACGGAACGGGUUUUGCUCCCCUUGAUGAAGCACUAUCGAGGGCGGUGAUUGAUAUCUGCUCCCGUCCUUACUGUGUUACAGAUCUCGGUUUGCGACGGGAAAAGAUUGGCGACCUAUCGACAGAGAUGGUGCCCCACGUUUUUUACUCAUUCGCAAUGGCGGCUGGCGUUACUCUUCAUGUUGACGUGCUUAGGGGAGAAAACGACCACCAUCGGUGUGAAUCAGCUUUCAAGGCGCUUGCUUUGGCUAUCAAACAAGCAAUUGAACGUAAUGGCGGCAAUGAUGUUCCUAGUACCAAGGGUGUUCUCUGA